AUGCGGAUUAUAUUUUUCAGGAUUUUAAAUGUUAACACAGGCAGCUUAGCAAGGUUUGCAGAUGGUUCUGCUGUAGUUAAAUUUGCCAACACAAGUGUCUUAACAACAGUUGUCAGCAAAAAUAAUCCUACAAACAACAAUGCUUCAUUUACACCUUUAACUGUAGAUUAUAGACAAAAGUCUGCGGCAGCGGGUCGAAUACCAACGAAUCACCUGAGAAGAGAUUAUGGUUAUAUGGACAAAGAAAUAUUAACAUCUAGAAUUAUAGACAGAUCACUGAGACCACUAUUCCCAACUGGUUACAGCAACGAAACCCAAAUCGUCUGCAAUUUGUUGGCCGUCGACGGCGAGUACGAUCCAACUACUAUAUGCAUUAAUGCAGCAUCAGCAGCACUCUCAUGUUCUGAUGUUCCCUGGAAUGGACCAGUAGGCGCAGUACAAGUGAGCAUAACCAGUGAUGAUAGGAUUGUCAUCAACCCAACAACAAAACAGCUAAGUGACGGAAGGCUUAACAUGAUUGUUGCAUGCGCCAGUAAAGAUAGAGUUGUAAUGAUAGAUGCAUCCAGUGACAUAGUACCAUCAGCGUUAUUUCUGCAAGCAUUAACUGAAGGUCUGCAUCACACUCAGUCCAUCAUAGAAGGAAUUAAUUCGUUGUGUAGUGAAGUUGGCAAGAAAAGAAGAGUUUUAAACGUUACUGGGGACGAUCAUGUAGAUGGCGCUCUAGUCGCUGAGAUUGAAAGUUUGGCUUCAGACGAUAUAAAGAAUGUAUUUACGGAUUACACACAUCACAAAAUAUCCAGAGAUCAGGCAACUGACACAAUAAGAAAAAAUCUUUUCAACACAUUGAAAGCGUCGAAACCGGGUCUAGAUAUGGCGUUAUUUGACUAUAACUUCUACAAGAUAGCCAAGAGGAUAUUUAGAGAUUUAAUACUAGUUAAUCGUAGAAGGUUAUGUGAUGGCCGGGGCCCAGAUGACCUUCGAGAUAUAACUUGCAAGGUCAACCUUUAUGACCCUUUGCAUGGUUCGGCCCUUUUUCAAAGAGGCCAAACUCAAGUCUUCUGUACGACAACGUUCGACUCGCCACAAAGUGCCGCAAGAGUGGACCCAAUUACAGCACUAAUCAGUGGAGUUAAAGAGAAAAACUUUUUUCUACAUUACGAAUUUCCUUCAUUUGCAACCAAUGAAACUGGAAAGCAUGGGUUCGUUGGUCGAAGAGAACUAGGGCACGGCGCUUUAGCGGAGAAAGGCUUAAGGCCAGUAUUACCAUCAACAUAUCCAUUCACUGUCAGGCUGACUGCAGAAGUUUUUGAAUCAAAUGGAUCGUCGUCAAUGGCGUCUGUCUGCUGUGGCUGCCUUGCUCUGAUGGACGCCGGUGUUCCCAUAAGUGAAUCCGUGUCCGGUGUGGCCAUGGGUCUUAUAUCUGGGAGGGCCCAUUCUGACGACGAGGAGGGUGAUAAUAAUGACGUCACUGAUCACGUCAUCCUCACCGAUUUAAUGGGGAUUGAAGAUUAUAUGGGUGAUAUGGAUUUCAAACUGGCUAGCACAAAAAAUGGAGUCACAGCCUUGCAGAUGGAUACUAAAUUGCCUGGGAUUCCCAUUGGCAUCAUCACAUUAGCCAUUAAAAAAGGCAUAGAUGCUAACCAAAGAAUAAUAAACAUAAUGGAACAGACCAUAGAUAAACCAAGGCAGCAGAAGAAAAAUAAUCACCCGACAAUUGAGACAUUAGUCGUAGCGCCUAACAAAAGAUCCAAACUGUUAGGCGUUGGGGGCUCCAAUAUUAAAAUGAUCAUGGCGAGAACCGGCGUAGAUAUAAGUAGCAUAGAUGAGACAAGCUAUCAGUUAUUUGCACCGAACGGGCAGGCACUCAGCGAAGCUAAAACCAUCAUUGAAGAAUUGCUUUCUGAUGAGGGAGAGCCCGUACUUGAGUUUGGGGCCAUCUACAAAGUUAAAAUUAUCGAACUUAAAGAGUACGGUGCCAUGGUUCAACUCCAUCCAUCCUUGCCAACGGUGCUCAUCCACAAUUCCCAGUUGGAUUCUAAAAAGGUCGACCACCCAAGUAUCUUAGGCUUAGAAGUCGGCAAAGAAAUUCAAGUGAAGUAUUUUGGCCGCGAUCCUGUCAGUGGCAGGAUCAGACUAUCGCGAAAGGUUUUAUUAUCACCCAUCACGGAAAUCAAAAAAUUAAUGUAAACUU